UUUAUUUUUUUUUUUUUUUUUAAAUUUUUUUUUUUUUUUUUUUUUGGUUCUACACUUGUUUACCACUUCUUCUAUCGCUGCUACCAUUACUUCUACGCGACAGAAACUUUUUACAAAUUAAUAAUGGCUGGUGAUAGGUAGGCUUAAAGUACGUAGGAUUUCUUAGGCAGACAGCAUAGGUGUAGGGAAAGUACCCAGGGACCAAACAAACGUUUUCGAGGACUGAUGGUUCUAGCGUAUACUUGUAACUGUUUAAGCCGAUUGGGGACUACACGUUGAAAAGGAUCUCCAUUGCCGGAUGCUGUGUAGACGGAGACAAUAAGCUAAGAGAAAUGAGAAUCUUACAUGUUACAGAGAACGUAGACGUUGUACGUUUGACAAGGGAGAUAAAUGUUUUGUGAAUAUAAAACAAAAAUUUUUAUAUCUUUCUUUUUUUUCUAAAUUGUAUAUAUAUACCGUGGCGGACCUUGCGUAGGAUAACGUUAAUCGUUCCUGAGGACGGUGGCGCUAAAGAUGAAAUUUUGCCGUUGGAAUAGCGCAGGAUCGUUAAAACGCUAUUUAAAAAAAAAAAAUGUCUUCUUUUCUUAAGUUAAUACAAAAUUGGAUCGAUUCACAACACUCUUACUCGGCUUGCGAAUCUAUGCAGCUGUUUUCGGAGAUCCAUGCGGGAAAGACUUAUUUUCUGAAGUUCUCUAGACUCGGGAUCCUUUUGAAUGAAUAGUCUUCGAAUUUAUACGAAAGCAAUACGCUACUACGUGAAUCUUGUACAUUAUUUUAUAUUAUUAUUAUUUUAUACGAUUAUUUAAUUUUAUUUUUAUAAAGAUUUAGCUACUAUAUUUAUAUGAACAGGUGAAAGCGAAGGAUAGGCGUUUUACUUUUAAUACUCAUUAUUGCUAUGAAUGAGUGAUGCGACUGGACACAUUUUAGUUUACGCGAACGAUUUACCUGAUUUGUCUUGGAAAAUCAUAAUCAAAAAAGAAAAAGAGAAAAAAAACAUGAACUUUUGUAGCCAUAUACGAGUGAGAUGAAGGAUGUCCAGUUGUAAUGGUUUUUCUUCUCCAGAGAUAUAUAUAUAUAUACACACACAUAUAUGUAAACAUAUUACAUAUUAUUAUUAUAUAGAUCUUAUUACUAUUAUUAUGAUUAUCAUUAAGAUUACUAUUAUUAUCGUAAAACGGUAAAGAAAUUUUUAUUUUUAUAUAUUUGGAGUUGCAUCGUGGGUGGCAGCGAGUAACGUGUACAUCACUUAAUCAAUUUUAGACACGCGUUAUAAAAAUUUUUUUUUCAAACAAGAUAGUACCAAUAAACCGUAUCUUCGUAAUACUCAAGCAUACACAUCAUGAAAGUACAUUAACGAAGUAUUUUUGAACCGAAAGGACUUCAGUUGGGCCGUACCCACGUUGCAGCUCUGAAACGAAAAAAAAAAAAAACAGAGAAAAAGAAAAAAACAGCGAGCAGGUGCCCGAACCACGUACGAAUCUCCAUUUCGAGUCCGCAUAAAUUUAGUGAAAAAGUGAUUUCUCCUUAUUUUGCACGUCGAGCAUAGAAAGAAAUAAAAGAGAGCAGAAUAUCCGCAGAGGGAUGGAGUAGUUCGUGGCGACGGUGGCGCCUCCUCGUUACCUUGCCGUCAAAGACGAGAAGGUAAAAUACCGCUGACAAAAUGUUAACAGUAUAAAUAGCCGAACGAAUUGAUCGCACGUCUGCCAUGGACUGUGUGAGAUACCUGGUGAGAGAUAUAUAUAUAUUUUAGCGGAGUGGAAUUACUCAUAUUUGUGUGUUGGGGACAGGUGCAGCAGCCGCUGCCAAGCAGCGUAGGCACCUGGGUCAGAUUCGCGAGCACCCUUAUCAAAGGGCCGGCGCUCUCUCGUGAAUACCGAGAAUACGGUCGCGCCUCCGCGGAAAGGCUUGGAGUGCUAACAAUGGAAUCCACUCGUCCCGUGCUAACACCUGGACUCUGGAACAGCAUCCGCGCUCGAUCGGUUCGAUCGGUUCGUCAACCAGCCGACCACCUUCGCCGUCCGCGCGUCACCAGCCCUGUUCGCCAGGCCUACCACCAUCACCACCACAACCACCACCACCACUAUCAAUUGCCACUAUUUAUCCAUCCUUUUAUAAUCUUCCACUUUUUUUUAUCCAGUAUCCAAAGCUUGCACUUUGCAAUUUUCGGUGAUGCAUACAAGGCAUUCCUUUAACAUGGCUGACCUGCGUUCUGCCAUGCUCAAGGAACCUGAUUAUGCAUGGCAUUCGGAAAAAAAAAGCAAAAUUAACAAACCUCGGGGAAAGUAUUGUUCGAAAGAAUCGAUGGUCUCUGAAUCCGAGUAAAUUUUUUCGUCCUUUUUCUAUUUUUCGUUUACGCCACAAUCUUGAUGGCUUACUCUGUAGUUAUUGUUACAGUCGAGAUUCCUUCCUUACCGACGCCCCGAUGGUAAUGACUUACGCUCGAAGUGCAAUCUUUGGGACGACUCGUAGCGAGGAACCAUAAUCACGUGAUAGUUAUCGGCGUCACUCAGAAGCAAGAUCGAAGGAAUGUUCAUUCCUGUUAUUUAAUUCGAGGCGAUGCACUUUACACGCGUAAGAUGCAAACGCGAAUAUUUAUGAGGAACCUUCUUUUGUAUGCCUCGUAAUCGUGGUACGUCGCGAUUUUAUGUGCGUCGCGACGCAGACAGGAUACUCAGGACACGAUAUACUUUGACCUUGGAUUACGAGGGCCCUUUUCGGCUGUACUCAUCAUGAAUUCUCAAGCGAAGAAGAAAAAAAAAACAUGCAGACAGGAGAACUCUUCAUCACUACGCGGAAGUUCUGCUUGGGUGCUGAAACGACGAUCCUGGCGAAGAGAAGGCUCCUCCUCGUGCAAGUCCGCCAUGUUGGAGAAGCGAGACAGUAACGUUUAAGAAUAUAUUUUCGAUAAACUUACGGCUAUCGUUAUUAAUAUUGUAUCGUUGCCUGAGAUUGACUCGAUUGUUCUUGUUUUCGCAAAUUUUUCACUUUCUCGUUUCGAUAUUGUAUUUGCCUAAAAGGAAACGAGGUGAUCGCAGGGGGUGGAACGAAACGAAAAUUACGGUGGGGCCACCCUUAAGGUGAAGGAAUGGCGAGCGAUACUAAUUUCACCGGGAACUAUGGCUAUUAUACAUAUAUAUGUAAAGGAAUUUUUCACGAGUAUUUUUUUUUUUAAUUUUUUUUUUCUUUUCCUUCUUUUAGUACGUGUUUACUAGAAUCGAUACGCUCGUUUCACAGACCCACUGUGUUCGAACGUUUACGUCCCGCAAUAUUAUCCAUGCAAUAACCAGCCGUCAUCAUUCUUAUUAGUUGGUGUCGGAUCGUUGAGUCGUGUUUGUUGAGUUUUGUUAAUGUUUUACAAACAAAAAAUGAUUUCCUUUUUGACCCCCCCCCCUCUUCCCUUCCGCGCACAACGCGGGUCAACUCCGCGCGAGUUCCCGGGAAGCGGAAGCUAUGCGUGAAUAGAGAUAUAUAUAUAUAUGUAUUGACGAUUAAUGGCGAAGUUAGACUGGCAACCAAAAUAUCAGAUCUGUUGUUAACACUUUUCCGCUCGCGAGAUCAUUACCUAAAUCUAAGUUAUGAAUUUAUAUUAAAAAAAAGAAGAAAAAAAAAACAGAAAAACAAAAAACAAGCAAGUGUAUGUAAUAAUUUUGUUGAUAAGUUGCAGGAGCGAUUGCGUGAGAGAUUGAUUUACUUAAUAUCGAAUUAACAUUAUAGUUUAUAAAUAAAUCUAUUAAAUGUUAGGGUCUGCCAUAAAUGUAUCUAUAAGAAUUUUAGUUUUAUAUAUACCCGGUUACUCCAGUCCAAACGCACCACCUGAAUAUGGCUUUACCAUAGGAAUCAAAUGAGCGCGCCAACUUCAUGCGAUGCGUUUGGAUUUAAUAACCCGGUUUAUAUAUAUAUAAAUAUAUAUACAUAUUACACGUAGAAACAACAAAAGCAUAUAUAUAUAUAUAUAUUUAAUAAUUUCUGUAUGUAUAAUUAUAUUUGAAUUUUUUCGCGCUCGUCGCUCGAGAACUCAUCACGAGGGACUUUGUUUUAAACGCGUCGUGAAAUCCUUAAGAAAAAUGAAAGUAAUGAAAAAUGUCUCGGUAGCUCAUCUUUUCUUGUACAUACAUACAUGCUUAAAAGCAUAGCUACAAACGCGAGUGAUCUGCAAUCUACUUAAGUUCAGUAUCGUGAAUUUACUCUCAAACGUUUUAUUAUUAUUCGUAUUAGUUGUUAGCAGUAUAUUAUUAUUAUUAUUAUUUUACGAGAAUCUCUUUAAAUAUGUCCUCUCGCAUACAUAAGGACGCAAUUGCACGCUCGCGUGCGGGAUAGAAACUCAAAUUCACGGCACUUGCGUGCUCAACGUAUGUACGUUUAGAUGAACGUAUAGAUACAUAUUUACAUGUUAUAUAUAUACACAAAUAUAUAUGUACACACUCAGAAUUAUAGAAACUGCGCAUUGCGAGCAAGGGUCUUCGCGAUUUGGGGGUGGGGGGGAACAAAAAAUGUACUUUUAGAAGAAAAUUCGUUUCCAUUAAAGUGCCUCUAAGACUGGGUGUCUAUUUUAUGUGGUGCUGCGAUAUACUGAUGUUCGAUGUGUUAAAACUUCUCAUGAUAAGAGUUAUCUGAUCGUUGGACUUAUGAAAGAUUUGAAUGGAAAACAGCGAUGGGAAUCGCGAUAGAAUUUACUCGCAUUGCGCGCAUAUAUUUAUAUAUAGAUAAGAAAUUAUAUAUUAAGCGGACAAGCAAUUUUAUUAGUAAGUUCACGUUACUUGAGUUUCGACUUGUCGUAAUGGUUUAUAUGUAGCCUCUGUCUAAAUUUAUUCGGACGCUCUUAUUUUUUUGUUUUCCUUUCUUUUUUUUUCUUUCUUUUCUCUUCUCUUCUAUAGAUUAAAAUUUUAUUGUAAUUGGCGCGUACCUUAGUUAAACGUGCAGGAUAUCGUGGCAAUAUUUAACACAUGCGGGAGGCAGCAAUGCAAAGUAAUUCUGAUUUUUAAAAGUCUUUGUUAUAAAGAUCUGAUUUACGAAAUAUAGUACUUCAUAUUGUUUACGAGAGUUUAUAGUUUGCAAUGAAAUCGCAAAUAAAAAAUUAAGCAUAUAUAUGUAUGUAUGUAUAUGCAUGUAUACUGAUUCUGUGAAGGCAGAUUAACGAAGAGCUCGAAACCUUGUAGGGUAUGAAAGUACAAAAGGUAAUGCAGAUAGUAACAAGAAAGAAUGAGGAAACGUAAAAAAAUGAAAAUUGAUAAUAACGAAAAUCGUUAUGGAGAUUUAUGUUGCGGUUCAUGUAGCAAGGAAAAUUUUCCGAAGAUUCCGGGAGACACGGUAGCUUUACUUUUACAAAAAAGAGAUAUACAUAUAUAUAUAAAAUGUUUAAUAACAAAAUUACGGAGAAAGUAAAUUAAAGUGUAGAAGAAAAAAAAUGUGUAACAGGAAAGCGUGCUCUUCGCACUCAAUCGUGACUUCGGAAACUUCCUUGAUUUUUCAGAUAGUGAAAAUAUAUUCAGAGUCGAGUGGGAGUUGCGCAACGAAAGAUGAAAUUCAUCAUUGUUCACUUUACGAAUUUUGGAAAAAGAAUUAUUUAAGUAUUACUCAUUUGUGUAUUGAUUUGUCAUUUUUUUCGUUAUAUAAACGGGUGCAUUAAGCGAUGCAGCUUCUUGUCUAUGUUUAAUGUCAAACCUAUAGUGGAAAUGUGAAAAUUAAUCGAUUCUCAUUCUCCGCACUGAUGCAUAUAACGAUAGAGUCAUAUUUUUAUUACUAUAUUAUUUAAAUUACGUUCAUUUAGCGAUUAACAGUGGUGAAAUAAAACGAAAAUCGAAUUUCUUCGUUUCACGUUUAUUUGCUUCUUCGAGAUAUUUGUAUUUCAUUCUGGCAGUGAUGACGUGCACAACGCUACAGGUAUGAAUUAUUUAUAUAUAUAUAUUAUCUUAAUUGUCAAAAGAAAGAAAAUGAAAUUUGACUUUUAUCAAUCUGGUAUUCACAAAUUUGCUACAUAAAGAGACCGUUGAAAAGUUAAUUCCAUCUUGGUUCUCUGGUGUUCACUUAGGUGAAACGUAGAAUUGUUAUAAAUAGAUUCCAAUAAGUUUAUUUUGAAAAAGUUGUUUUUAUAUAACAUUUUAAUAUUUAAAUAAAUCAUGAGUGUUAUGGACAUAUAUGUUCAUCUGUCGAGUGUAUAUAAAAUGCCUCUUGUAGGACUUGGUACGUAUAGGGUGAGAGGAAGAGAUGUCAUAUACACUGUUAUUGACGAAAGUUUGAAUUCAGGAUAUCGUUCAUUUGAUACAGCUGCAGUAUACAAAAAUGAAGAAGAUAUUGGAUAUGCAUUGAAUAAGUUACUUCCAAAGUAUGCUUUGUCAAGAUCUGACUUAUUUAUAACAUCAAAACUUUCUCCUAGUGAUAACGGUGAUCCACAAAGAAUUCGUGAAUCUGUAUUAAGAUCUCUGAAGUGGUUAGGCACUGCGUAUUUAGAUUUGUAUUUGAUUCAUUGGCCAGGUGCCAGUGGUAUGUCAGAGAAUUCACAGCAGAAUCCUGAAUUAAGAAAUCUCACUUGGAGGACAUUAGUUGAGAUACAAAAAGAAGGAUACAUCAGAUCGAUAGGUGUAUCAAACUAUAAUAUAAAGCACUUGAAAGAAUUACUGCAGAACUCUUAUGGUGUUAUUCCAGCAGUGAAUCAAGUGGAAUGUCAUCCUCAUUAUUCCCAAAAGGAAUUAAUAGAUUUUUGCAAACGGGAGGGAAUACAUGUGCAAGCUUAUUCGUCAUUGGGCACUAGUGACCCUACGGCUCUUUUGAAAGACCCUGUAGUUUAUAGUAUUGCUUCUGACAUUAAUGUUUCUCCUGCCAGAGUACUUUUAAAAUGGGCAGUACAACAAGGCAUUGGAAUUAUACCAAAAGCUGUAAACAAGAAACACAUAAAAGAAAAUGUUGAGUUAAACUUUAUGCUUACCUCUAGCCAAAUGGAAACACUAUCAAAUUUACCUCAACAAAAAUAUGCGUGGGAUCCAACAAAUGUUUUUUAAAUACUAUAAUUUCAAAUCUUGCCUUCAUUGAUAUUAUUAUUACGAGAACAUUUUUUUUGCUUGGUAGUGGAUUAAAACAGUAUAUAUUAUAAAUUAAUAUGAAUAGCUUUGCAGAUAAAGUAGCAAAACUCUGCCUACAAAAGUACAAUAGUUUAAAGAAAACCGGUAAACCUACCAGUAACGAAUGGACCGUUUUAUCUGGCAUAGUUUUGGAAAAUAUUAAUGGUACAUUAUCAGUGGUAUCCCUGACCACAGGAACAAAGUGUUUGGGUGGUUCUGAUCUACUGAAUACUGAAAUAUGGGA